AUGGCGGCGGCGGCAGCGGUGGAGGUGACGGUCGUCGACUUCUGGUGCAACGAGUUCGGGAUGCGGGCGCGGCUGGCGCUGCGCGAGAAGCGCGUCCCCUUCGAGUUCGUCGAGGAGGACCUCCGCGUCCGCGAGCGCAGCGACCUGGUGCGCCGCAUGAACCCCGUCCACCGCGCCAUCCCGAUCCUCAUCCACGCCGGCCGCCCAGUCUGCGGCUCCCUCAACAUCGUCGAGUACGUCGACGAGGUCUGGAGCAAGACCCCUCGCCUGCUACCCGCCGACCCGCUCGAGAGGGCCAACGCCAGGUUCUGGGCCGACUUCGUGGACCAAAAGGUGUACGACGCGCAGGCGAGGUUCUUCACCAGCCGCGGCGAGGAGAAGGCGGCGGCCAUGGCGGAGCUCCUGGGCCACCUCCGGCGGCUGGAGGAGGUGCUCAGGGACAGGCCGUUCUUCGGUGGCGACGAGUUCGGGUUCCUGGACGUCGCGCUCGUGCCGUUCUCGGCCAUGUUCUAUGGGUACGAGCGGCACGGAGGGGUGGACAUGGAGGCGGAGUGCCCGGUGCUGCUGCGCUGGGUGCGGAGGUGUGGCGAGAGGGAGAGCGUCCGAGACGUGCUUCCGUCGGGGCAGGACAUGUACGCCAUACACAAGGAGUUCUAUCAAAUUGAGUGA